AUGCUCAUCUCCUUUUGAUCUAAUAAUCAAACACACACAGGAGUGUAAAGAACUAUGUCGAUGCUCAUAGCAUCCCGUCGAUUAUCAUCAACCAAUUCGUUACGUUAUGCGAAAUUUUUCUCAACUUCUUUCAGAGAAGAAAGAGAUACUUUCGGUCCCAUUUUAGUUCCCGAGGACAAGUUAUGGGGGGCACAAACCCAAAGAUCCCUGCAAAACUUUGAAAUUGGAGGUGAGCGUGAAAGGAUGCCUGAACCAAUCGUACGUGCAUUUGGUAUUCUUAAAAAGUGUGCUGCCAAGGUGAACAUGGAGUAUGGCCUUGACCCAUCUAUAGGGAAGGCGGUAAUGCAAGCUGCCCAGGAAGUAGCAGAAGGAAAAUUGAAUGACCAUUUUCCUUUGGUGGUUUGGCAGACUGGUAGUGGAACUCAAAGUAACAUGAAUGCAAAUGAGGUUAUUGCAAACAGAGCAGCUGAAAUUCUUGGCCAUAAGCGCGGCGAAAAGCAUGUGCACCCAAACGACCAUGUGAACAGAUCACAAUCUUCAAAUGACACAUUUCCUACUGUGAUGCAUAUUGCUGCUGCUAUGGAGAUAAAUAAAAGAUUAGUACCAAACUUAAAACAGUUGCAUACUUCACUACACUCGAAGUCAGCUGAAUUCAAAGACAUUAUUAAGAUUGGCCGAACCCACACACAAGAUGCAACACCUUUGACUCUUGGACAAGAAUUUAGUGGCUACACAACUCAAGUGAAAUAUGGUAUUGAUCGAGUCUUGUGCACCCUUCCACGCAUGUAUCAGCUUGCACAAGGAGGCACAGCAGUUGGAACAGGAUUGAACACAAAAAAGGGGUUUGAUAUAAAAAUUGCAGCAGCAGUGGCAGAGGAAACAAAUUUGCCUUUUGUAACAGCUGAAAACAAGUUUGAAGCAUUGGCUGCUCAUGAUGCAUUUGUUGAAACCAGUGGAGCCUUAAAUACGGUGGCUGCUUCUCUCAUGAAGAUUGGGAAUGAUAUACGCUUCUUAGGAAGUGGUCCACGCUGCGGUCUUGGUGAACUCAUUCUUCCUGAAAAUGAACCUGGAAGCAGUAUUAUGCCUGGCAAGGUGAACCCUACUCAGUGUGAGGCGCUUACAAUGGUCUGUGCUCAGGUUAUGGGAAAUCAUGUAGCUGUUACAGUUGGUGGAUCAAACGGUCAUUUUGAGUUGAACGUGUUCAAGCCUAUGAUUGCCAAUGCUCUACUUCAUUCGGUGAGAUUGCUAGGGGAUGCAUCUGCUUCUUUUGAAAAGAAUUGUGUAAGAGGAAUUCAAGCCAAUAGAGAGAGGAUCGCAAAAUUAUUGCACGAGUCGCUCAUGCUCGUCACAUGUUUGAACCCAAAAAUCGGUUAUGACAAUGCUGCAGCAGUUGCCAAGAAAGCUCACAAAGAGGGAACCAGUCUAAAGGAGGCUGCCCUUAAUCUUAAUGUCCUCACAGGUGAUGAGUUUGAUAAACUCGUAGUUCCUGAGAAAAUGAUUGGUCCUACUGACUGAUUAACGCCAGUAGUUUCUAAAAAUAGAGAUGACCAAGAGGAUUUGAACUAUUAUUUUUUUCUUCAAAAUCAAAACAGGAAAAUAAGGAUUUCAUGAAAUUCUUGAGGUUUUCAUUCCCCCCACCCAAAAAAAGAAGAAAGAAUUGGAAGUGGGAAAGCCUCCAUUUUGUAAUGAAACAUUGAGCAAUAGCAGCAGACCAAAUAAUGAAUGGAUUCUCAAAAAAAAAAAAUUAAAAAAAAAAUAAAAAUUGAAUGGAUUCACUUAUUUACCAUUGUACUAAACUUGAUAUAUUGGUUUCUGAAACUGAAAAAAUGUGAUCGUUACUUCCUUCAGGAUUGAGGCACAGUUGAUUGAUUUUUCUCUUUGCUCGUA